AAAAAGAAUGGAACAAAAAUAGUACUAUGUAAAAGAAAAAAGAGCCGAAGAAACAUAUCCAACAUAUUGCGUACGCUUUACAGGCACAUAGACUGUCUCCCCAUUUCUCAGCCUCAGACAUUUCUUCCCUUCCCGUCGUCUUCGUCCGUGUCCCAACCCCCUCACGAAUGCUUCAACUCCAGCAAAUGCGACGAUCGUCCUUUUUCCCGCAUUCCUCCACCCGCCGAAAGCAAAUUACCCAUCAUGCCAGUCCUCAUAUGUUGGUUUGGUUGCCGCAACCGCCCGCCCCAGCCUCUCAUUUGGCUUCAUUCCCUCAGGCGAACAAACAGCAAGAAAAACAUUCACUUUCACGGUAUGGCGCAAUACACUUGGAACUCUUGACGCGUGCGGGUUUAUGCAUUUUAUUUCCUAGUCAUGAUUUUGACUCGGGCUUAUUGCCUUUAUUCUCGUUUAUCGCAGUCCUUGGGGACUGUAGCAUACAUACAUGGUACUCAAACAUACAUUGUGCCGGCAGGCUCUCGCAAUUGUCCAUCGUUGACGCCAUUGCCGUUGCCGUCGCAGUGUCUCGAAUUCCACCACAGGCCCGUACAGGCACACGAUUAUUCUCCCUGCCUCGGUAAUGUAUAGCGCGUCGAUACCGAUACGCGCAGACCAGCCCGAAGCCAUCAUUUCAUCACGGCCGUAAGUCCACUCUCCCCCAAAUUCCGACCAAUCCACCCGGCCCUUCUUCCCCUUUGUCGGAAAUGCAAAGUCAGCUGCAAAAUAGAACAAAAUGAGUACACACUAAACAAGCCGC